AUGAACUUAUUGCCAACUGGAAUAUGUUUUUAUAUUUCUGUAGUAAUCUGUUCGUUCAUAUCAAGGGUCGACGCAUCUUGGUGGUACAUGGGCACCCUAGGUUCGCAGGUGAUGUGCGACAACAUCCCUGGAUUAGUUAACAAACAGCGCCAGCUUUGCCGCCAGCAUCCGAAAAUGAUGCAAGCGAUUGGGGCUGGGAUUAGAGACUGGAUUGGUGAAUGUCAGUAUCAAUUCCGUAACCACCGCUGGAACUGCAGUACUAUGGCGCGGGACCACACUGUGUUCGGAAGAAUUCUUCUUCGAAGCAGUCGCGAGGCGGCCUUUGUGUACGCCAUCUCCUCCGCCGGUGUGGUGCACACGCUGACCCGCGCCUGCAGCCAGGGGGAGCUGGAGUCCUGCUCCUGUGACCCAGAGAAGAAGGGCACGUCCCGGGACGCCAAGGGCACGUUCGACUGGGGCGGCUGCAGCGACCACGUGGACUACGCCCUCAGAUUCACCCAGACCUUCAUCGACGCCAAGGAGAGGAGGCAGAGGGACGCCCGGGCGCUGAUGAACCUCCACAACAACAGAGCAGGCAGGAAGGCAGUGAAGCGCUUCAUGAAUCUGGAGUGUAAAUGUCACGGUGUGAGUGGCUCCUGCACGGUGAGGACGUGCUGGCUUGCCAUGGCGGACUUUCGCCACACGGGGGAGUACCUGCGUAUGAAGUACAAUGGGGCCGUCCAGGUGGUCAUGAACCAGUAUGGUACAGGCUUCAGCCGUGCCUACCGGAAGUACAAGAGGCCCACCAAGAGCGACCUUGUGUACUUUGAGAACUCGCCGGACUACUGUGUUCGUGACUUGGAAUCGGGCUCAGUGGGCACGGGUGGGCGUGUCUGCAACAGGACUUCGAGGGGCGUGGACAGCUGUGAGGUCAUGUGCUGCGGGCGGGGCUAUGACACCUCCAGGGUCAGCCGCACGACCAAGUGCGAGUGCAAGUUCCAUUGGUGCUGUGCUGUCCGGUGCCGGGACUGCCACGAGGUGGUGGACGUCCAUACCUGCAAGGCCCAGGACAGCGCCCCCUGGCUGGGGCAGAUGUGACCCGCACCCUUUUCACUCAGGGUCAGCUAACAGGAUGGUGAACCUGCAGUUGGACUCAAACUCACUUGAGGGAAUGCAAGCACUAAGUCUUCCAUGUGCUUCACAAUGUUCCCACAUUGGACAGCCAUCCCCAAGACUGAAGAAUAUUGUACAAACAACUGUCUUACAGCUGAAUUUGACAGUCACAAACACCUGAAACA